AUGGUAAUGCCAAGACUCGUGCUCCGUAUCAACGCUUGCUCCCUCCAUAUGCGUAUUCCCAGAGCUCUGGGUAUAAUCGCGUAUGCUGCUGAAGCACCCGACGACACGAUUCAAGAAAGAUGCUCCGAGCGAGGCGGACGACUCAGACAAGCUGUCCUCGCAGAUUCGUACCAUGGUACUCGCGAAUCCGGCUCGGUCCAGCAACCACGUCGCGUUAGAAGAUCGAGGAACAUGUCACGAGAAAGAGAAAUCCCAGUAUCAAGUGAUGCGCCACCUGGUGGAUACCGGUCUUUGUCUCGCCUCUUAAUCAACCCCACUUGCACUGUGGUACAGAGCACUAUCAGCGCGAUAAUUCGGUCGGUGGCUGCUGAUACCUUUGCUGUGUCACCGACGUGCUUUGGUCGAAUGCAGCGAUGGUGGCCGAGUGGCAUGACAGUUCAUCAGGGCCUGGGUGCAAAGGUCAGAAGAGAUCGAAGGGCUUGUGUGAAAGCUUCAUCGCUACCCGAACAUCUCGACUCCGGGGCUGCGGCCGCCCGGCAACUGCCUCUAGCAAGAACGCGGGAGUUGGAAAUGAGCCAACGGCGAGCUUCCGCAUGGUCCCUGGGAUCAAUCAUCUGAAGGGGAAUUUUGGCAUCGUCUGUAUUGUUGGUGAUGUGGAAAUUGUGAGUGGCUUGUCGCCCACAUGUCAUGAGGUGAGUGGCUCAUCGCAGUACCACAAGGAGCUGACUUGGAUAACCUCUUCUGAAUCAGUGGCGACCAACCUAAGAGAAAAUUCGAGGAGAGCUUUCGAUGAGCGCUACUCUGUAGUUUAGCUCUCUUUU